CACCACGCCAGCAGCGGCUCCGCCAUGCGCUGUGUAUCCGCCGGCACACGCUGAUGAUGCGCUGGGUACGGGAAGCGGCGUGGCUCAGAACACGUUUCCACCACCUCCAGCGGAGCACCGGUGGUAAUGGGGUCCGCGAUGCAGGUGAAGCUGUGCGGGGCUGCCAGUGGGCGGCUGGGGACGCUGGUGGGGCUGGGCAGAAGCGGGGCCGCCGUGCUGCCGCUGCCGGGGUGCCUGCUCUACACGCGGACCGGCUCGGCGCCGCACCUCACCCACGACACGCUGCAGACGGUCGGUGGCGUCCCCGCCGUGGCGCAGAUCACCCUGCCCACCCUGGCAGAUAUUCAUGAGGUCCUGGAAGAAUACAAAGAAGGAGCUGCAAAAUUCAUAGGUAUGCCAGAGAAGGUGCUGUACUGCUCCCUUCAUGACCCUGUCACUCCGUGUCCAUCUGGCUACAACACUAACAAGACAGUGUCCCUGUGGGGAAGCUCAGGGCGCAUAGAAAUCACAGCUUCCAAGUUCAUGGAUAUGCAGCGGGCUAUCCAGCCAGAUUGGUUCCAGUGCAUCUCUGAUGGAGACACCAUUUCUGGAGAAGCUGGUAGAAAAAGGGCCAAGAAGUCUGUGGACAGGUCACUUUCCUUCCUGGAUGCAUGCCUUCAGAUCCUAGAAAAAUCACCGGAACUACAAAGAAGUGUGAUGUUUGGGGCAAUUGAAGGUGGAGAUACCCUGGAAGAGAGGAUCAGAUCAGCCAGGGAGACUGCCAAGCGGCCUGUGGGUGGCUUUCUGCUAGAUGGCUUCCAGGGACGUGCCAUGGCCAAGGAGACCAAGUUGAAACUGAUAACUUCUGUCAUUGCAGAGUUGCCAGAGGAUAAACCAAGGCUCAUCCAUGGUGUAGGCAAACCAGAUGAGGUGCUUGAGUGCAUUGAAAGAGGCGUGGACAUUUUUGAGAGCUUCUUUCCCUUCCAAGUGACAGAGCGAGGCUGUGCCUUGGUUUUCAGUUAUGACUGGCAUCCAGAUCCUGAAACAACAGUUUUCAUGCAAAAUGGCACCCAGGACCUGGAGAAGAAUGAUGCUGAAGAAGACCAGGGUGAAAUCUCCAAAGCUGACCCAGAAAUGACACCAUUUGAGAUAUGUCUAAAGGACAAAAGGUACCAAGAUGAUUUUGGUCCUGUGCUGGAAGGAUGCACGUGUUACUGUUGUCAGAGGCAUACUCGUGCCUAUGUCCAUCACCUCCUCGUGACCAAUGAGCUGUUGGCUGGUGUUCUGCUCAUGAUGCACAACUUCCAGCACUACUUCAGUUUCUUCAGUGCCAUAAGGGAUGCCUUAAAAGACAAUAAACUGGAUCAGCUGAAAGAGCUUGUCUUCAGGCAGGCACUUCAAAGCCCAGCAAAUGCGAAGCCAGGCCAGUAACUUCAGAAAGCAUAGAGGAGGAUGCAGGCUACAUCCUCAUCUAUUGGGACUGUGCUAAGGUGACUGCCAGCAGGGUCACCUGGACCUAUUAGUAGUAAAAUGCUUGCUUUCCUAGAGGGAACUGAAGGAGACAUUUGAAGAUCUCUCUUCUGUGGAGAAGGAAGGUCUUACUCUAACCCUCAAUGUCCCUUCCAGUUAGUUGGCUUAAGUUUUUAUUGGGGUAUAAAAGAGACUGAACAGCUCAAGACCAGUAUGGGUAGCUUUGUUUUCAGUUACUCACUGUUGGCUUUCAUGUAGAAGGACAGAAUUAUUGAACUUGUGACUGAAGAAGCAGCAAGCUGAGAAAGUUGGGGCUAUUCAGGCUGGAGAAGAGAAGCUGCAUGGAGAUCUCAUAGCAGCCUUUCAGUAUCUGAAGGGGGCCUACAAGGAUGCUGGAGAGGGACUCUUCAUCAGGGCCUAUAGGGAUAGGACAAGGGGUGAUGAUUUUAAACUUACAGAAGGGAUGUUCAGGUUAGAUAUAAGGAAGAGGUUCUUUACUGUGAGGGUGGUGAGGCACUGGAACAGGCUGCCCAAAAAAGUAGUAAAUGCUCCAUCUCUGGCAGUGUUCAGGGCCAGAUUGGAAAGAGCCUUAGAUGACCUGGUCUAUUCUGAGGCAUCCCUGCCAAUGGCAGGGGAUUGGAACUGGAUGAUCUGAAGGUCCUUUCCAACCCAAACCAGUCUGUGAUUCUGUAUACUUAAGAUUAAUCCAGCUGCCUGGAGGCUCAGCAGCUGUUUGGGACUCUGAUCCAAUACCCAAUGGAUAUUAUAGGUAAUUAUUUUUCUUAGAAAAUCCUAGUGAUGUGGUUGUCCCAUCGUGCAGCUCCUCGAUGAGAGAUCCCACCUCACUUUAACAUGGUUCCUUGUGGCUGUUGUGAGCAUCUGUGUCCCUGAAUAGAACUGACUGGAAGUGCUGCUGUGUUCAGUGGCACAAGGAACUGACUGUACUACUCUCAUGCUGCCUGUGGUACAGUAUGUUCUCUGGGCCAGGAGGAAUCCCUCCACCCCAGCCUGGCCUAAAAAACCCCUGCCUCAGGAACCACAGUCUAUGCCAUGAGAGCCAGAAGGAAGAGAACGUAUGUAAUCCAUGCCCUGCUGUAGAAAGUUUUUUGACUUUGUACCCUUUCACCUGUAUGGACGAAUGUUUCACUCCUGCCUAGCAUGUGGAUGGUGAUGAAUGUACCACUCUUUCCAGCUGUCCUAGUGCUGCUCAGAGAUCAAGCUACACAAAUGUCAGGGUGGGAUGGAGCUAUGGAAGUGAUGGAUCUCAAGAAAGUGUUCAGAAAAGAUUCUUGUGACUCCUUGUUUUAAAAUAAGACUUUGUUAUGACACAUUCCUCUCAUUCAGUUUUAUUUUUUUAUGCCCUGAGCUUUAGAAUCCUGGAUUUAUUAAUUUUUUAUUAUGAA